CGGCUUACCGUUAAUAGCAGAAGGGGCGGAGUUAUAGGCAGCGACGGUGAUCUGGAAAAACAAUUGUAAAUAAUGGAGACUAUGACAACUAGCGAAACUUCUGUGAAGAAAGCACCUUACAAAAACACCGAUCACUCAGCUUAAUUUAACCCCUCUCUCAUGUCUGAGAUCCCAGAUUUCUGACUCUGUCUGCUUUGACAAGGAAAACUGGAAUGCACACAAAUCACAUGAAGGACACAAAGAACAACUUUAACAUCUCUCUUCUCUGUGACCAAAAGGAGAAGCUCAUUCAAGCAAUUAAAAAGAUUAAACAUGAAAUUGAUGAAUGCUAUGAAGCUGAAAAAGACACCUUUGUGGAAGCACUGGAGGUUGAGAACAGAUUUGAAGAGAUAGAACGUGAAAUCCAAGCAGAGUUCCGGAACCUUCAUCGCUUCCUGGAUGAGGAGGAGGAGAUGGACCUGGAACGAUUGAGGAAAGAAAGGGACAAACGAAUGAAGAUCUUAAAAGAGAGAGAGAAGAAGAUUGCCAUGCAGGGUAGAGAUCUUGAGAGAGCCAUCGAGACUUUAAACUGCAAACUGAGGGAAGAUGACAGUCCCAAACUUCUGAAGGAAAUCAAAGAGCUUCUGAAAAGAUGUGAGGUAAAUUUCAUCCGUCCUUCCCCAGUAGAGACUGAUAUCUGCUCUAGUCAGUUUGUGGGACCCAUUCAGUACAGGAUCUGGAAACACAUGAAAACAUCUCUCUACCCAAACAUAUCUACCUUGACUUUUGACCCUGAAACGGCACAUCCCCUGUUGACCCUAUCUGCUGAUAGGACUACUGUGAUUUUUGAGGAGGACAAGGAGGUGCCUGAGGAAAACCCAGCAGAGAGAAACCCAAAGCGCUUCCACUACUACUAUUCUGUGAUGGGGUCUGAGGGUUUCACUCAUGGCUGCCAUUACUGGGAGGUGGAAGUGAAAGGCAAAACUGCCUGGCGAGUGGGCGUGGCCAGAGCGGAUGUGCACCGUGGGGAGAUGGAGGACUCCUCCACGUUAAACGGACUGUGGACGCUGUCCCUCAGAAAUGGUGUGAUCACAGCCUGCACGAACCCAAAGCCCACACAGGUGCGCUCAUCCGUCCAUCUCAUCCGCAUCGGCAUCUUCCUGGACUGUGAUAAAGAGGAGGUGUCAUUCCACAAUGCUGUCACCAUGACGCCACUCUUCUCCUUCUACAUGGGAACUGUUCUAGUGCCACUCUAUCCAUUCUACAACCCAUGUGACACAGAUGAAGGAAAGAACUGUGCCCCUCUAUCCAUCUUUCAUCCAUCAUUCUGAGGGAAUGGCAUAGUUGAUGGAUGUUUGGUUUCUCCCCCUACUGAUAACACAGUUUAUCUUUGUUAUGCUGAAGUUAUAAUCCACAUAGUAUCACAUCAAACCUUGUAUGCCCAGAGCAUUAAAGCAAGAGAGCAGUUUUUGCUGUCGAUCAACUAUUUACAGGUACAAUAAACUAGGGCUUCAAAACUUUUUUUGACAGCUGAACCCCUAUCACCUUAAUAAUUUACUUGAAGCUGCCCCUUAGAUUUUAAGUAAUGCCAAUCUUUUAUUAAUUAUAGUACAUUUUACAACGUCUUUAUGUGUAAUGUUGUUGUGUGGAAAUAAUUAAACAACUUAUUUUUGAUAAGAUCAGUUUUAUGUUUGUACAUUUCUGUUUUAAAAACUAAUUAUUUAUAUUCCAAUUAAUCCGGCUUUUAUCCAGAUCUAACUGUGAAUUCUAUUGCUGAAAUCAGUCUGUGCUUAACGAAAUUCAAACCACUGUUCCCAGUGACCAAAGCUAUUAGUGUUGUUGAGUUGAAACGCCCAUAGAUUUUACAUUUUUAUCACUUUUAUCCAAAGUGACUUACAGUGCUCUUAUUACAGGGACAAUCCCCCUGGAACAACCUGGAGUUAAGUGCCUUGCUCAAGGACACAAUGGUGGUGGCUGUGGGGUUUGAACCAACAACCUUCCACUUACCAGUUCAGUGCUUUAGUCCACCACCACCACAGGGUGGUGCCAAAAGCGAGCUGUAAUUUGUAUUUAUUUUUUAAAAUCAGGAAUGUAUAUGUUACCUUACACCCAAACCUCAACCCUAUACCUAACCAUCAGUGGAGUAAAUAUGUAAUUUUAGUGUCAAAAUGCAACCUCAGAAUCGUAAAUGUGAUUACUUCCUGGUCUCAGAUUGAACAUAAUAACUACCUGGUUUCUAUGGGACCAGAAACAAUGUUUCUGAGAUUUCUUUUAGUCUGGCCAUGACAAGGUGAACAUGUUUGAAUUGUUGCAAAAAUGUCUGAUGGGAGAUGGCGCUUGGGAGUAAUUCAGCAGAAUGGGGCAGAUUUCAGGGUACAUGAACAUUCGGAAGCAGCAUGUCGAUUUCCUGUGUGAUCAUAUUGCUUCAUAACCAUCUCACAAACCCCUUGCAGUUCCAUUCUAUCACGAACCCCUAGGGAUUUGCAAAACCUUGUGUGGGAAACUGAGUGUGUGACUUGCUCUAGUCAGUUUGUAGGGCAAAAUUCAGUACACAAUCUGGAAACAAACAUGGUUUCUGUAAAGUUCUUCAUGAAACAAAUAUUUCUCAGCUGUGCUUGCCUGUAUUUAAUGAUUAUGAGAUAUUUUAUUUUUAUGUAAUUUAUUAAUAAAAUAUGUGAUUCAUCAAUCAUGCAAGCAAUGGUUUGCAAGUCAUUCCUGUUUAUGCAUUGUACAGAAUUGAAGGUUCUGGCAUUGUGAAAUGGAAAGUGGGGGAAGAAAGAACAUAAAAGGAAUGAAAUUUGUGUGCCUUGCCUGCUGACAUACCUUUGCCUGUCUAUAAAUACUUCGAACACGACUUCUAACUAUGAGCUGUUGGUGGGGCAGCGAGGAAGAACAAAAGAGGGAGGGCAGAGAGAGGGAAGGAGAAAGCUCCCAUAGAGAAUCUGCCCCCUCCGCACCCUGCCCGCUCUGUGUCCGCCAUUUCAACAGCAACAGGCCGGGGAGAAGGGAAGAGUGUAAUUGACUACAAGGGCAGAAAGCACUAUCCUUCUUCACAAAUGUCUUACAUGCACAGGAGAGCUGUGUUAGACUGCUGUGCAGAGGGGUUUUAUAACGGCUGUAUCACAGGUGUGGGGUACACGGCGAUUCCCAGCCAGAAGUGCACAUACCCGAGGGGGAAGAAUAGGGACUGAUGAACUGAAGAGCAUUACUCAUAGAAGGUGGAAAACCGAGAGGAAAAGAGAGGCAGCAAGCUACAGAAAACUCUCAUGCACCUGUGGGACACAACCAGACUUUGAGCACGCACAACACCACAGGACGCUUAGAAUGAAUUGUUCACCCAAAAUAAAAAUGAUGUCAUCAUUUACUCACCCUCAUGUUCUUCAGAAGUCUAUAUCUUUCUUUCAUGGAACACAACAGUCGAUGAUAGGCGGAAUGACAGCCUCAAUCACCAUUCACUUUCACUGCAUUUUUUUUUUCAUACAUUGAAAGUGAAUGGUGACUGAAGUUAACAUUCUGCCUAAAAUCUCCUUUUGUGUUCCACAUAGAAUUAAAAUCAUACAGGUUUUUAACCACAUGAGGGUAAUUAAAUAAUGACAAAAUUUAAAUUUUUUGACAAACCAUCCAUUCUCACCACUCAUUUUCCUCACUCUUUAGGGUUAAUUCCAUAGCACACGCACACAAUUCUACGUACUGACCUAAUGCCCUUUAGAAUGUCAGUGACCAAUUAGGUCUAUCCAAUUCAUGAUUGGACAGAUACAGGGUGAGGGUGACACAUUCUACACACUACUUCCUAAAUUUGCAUGACCACACUAGCACAGAUAGAUACUAUGGGAGUGCAAAUCUAUAGCAUGCAAUGACAGACUACAAUGACGAUGCAUUGUUGGCAUAGUCUUCAGUGGAUUAAAUAAAAAUCAUCAUCUUGGUCACCUGCUUGUUAUGCUGCUGUGUUAAGGCAAAAUGCAGUCAAUACACAUUUUGUCAAAAUUUAGUUAUGACAGAAAUUGUUUCUCUUACACUGGCUCAACUAUGCUUAAAUGUAUGUACAUAUAUGAUCAGUGCAUUACCUACAUCCUACAACACAACAUUUGGCUGAACAAUCCAAAAAUUUGUCACUUUUCUCUGUUUCACUGAUAGCAUUAAUGCAUUUUGCCUUGUUUGCCAAUAUCCCACUAGACUGCAUAUGGUCCCUUCUGAUGUAAAUUUCAGCAGGAGGCAAAGCACUAUAAACUCUUCUACACUGCAUCUGUGUUAAGUACCACUUAAACAGAAAUGGCAAUUACCAGCAGGCUGGAGAGAAAGGACACUGGUAGUUGCACAAAAUUGACAUCUAUCCAAUGGAGAUUGUUGUUGUACUACCACACUGUAACUGACAUACACACAAACAUACUCACAAGCACAUGUACAAACAUACAGUAUAUAGGCCUUUUGUUGCCAAUGGUGAAAAACAUCUAUAAUCUCUCAAAGGUAAAUACCAUAAUGCACCCGCACAAACACACAAGCGGAACUGUCUAGGGCACAAUGUGUCACACACAAAAUACAAAAACAGACAGUAAAUCAUGUUAUGAUACAAGAGUGAUAUAUCAGUGGCAGUGUCCUGAAGAUUCAUGUGAGUUCAUGCAAUUAUUAAAGAAAUAGAUUACCCAAAAAUAAAAACUCUGUCAUCAUUUACUCAACCUCAUGUUGUUAAAAAACCCAUUUGAUCACCAUUCACUUUCAUUGAAAAGUUGCAUCAUACUGCCUAAUAUCUCCUUCAUACGGGAUUGAAACAACAUGAUGGUGGGUAAAUGAAGACAGAAUUUUCAUUUAAGGGUAAACUAUCCCUGUAAGCAUGAUUUUAUAGUGUGAUGCACUAUGAGUGACCAGAUGAAUACUGAUUUUGCCUGGAAACCUGUGUGAUGUGCAUUAUUAGGAUACACUUAACCGUGGCAUCAUUUUGCAGGACGGGAGAUUGACAAUUAGUAUAUGUGAAAUCAAGCUCACUUACACCUAACAGCCAAUGGGAUGGGUCAGUAGGGGAUUAUGGUCACAAGGGAGCGUGUGGGCUAUGCUACACUAUGUUUAUAGGUUUUCUAUUGUAUGAAAGUAGGCAAGACCCCUGGCAUGGCUACCUUCAGCUGUGAAAGGAAGUGAGUAAUUAAAUAAUCUGGAACUUGAAAACCACUCCACUGAACUUCACAGUAUAUGUGUGAAGACAAUGUUAUUUUCUAAUUAAGCAUGUGUACACAUACUGAAGGUGUGUAUCUGCACGUUUUUGUAUUGCUUUGAUUUUCUCACUUUAAUACCUGUUGUCUCUAAACAGAAUGGAGUUUUCAACAUUAAAAUCACAAAACAUGAUUCAUACUGUAUGUGCUCAUAAGCCAUUAUAAAUUAUCAUUUAUUGACUACAUAUGCAUUUUUGGUCACAAAUUCUGUUAUGUCAAGUGGUAUGUAAUAAUUAUUACCAUUGAAAGUUUCAGUGCACCUUAUAUAUAACAUCUAGUGUUUGUGAUAUUUACAUUUUUUGUAUAUAUUUAGCUAAGAAUGUAUGACUUUUAAGUCUCAUUUCCUUGCAUGGGUAUUAAAAAGGUGUAAAAGGUUUGGAAAGAACAAGGCAAUUUUCAGAGAUGUGUGGGGGAAGGCAUUGCCAGAUUGUAAAAUACGUGAUUUAGUAUUUUAAACCUUAAAUCGUAAAUUUUUUAAACUUUGUGCUUUGCCAAAAAGCCUUCAUCUACAUGUCAGUAUACCAUACAAUGUUGCUUGGGUUACGUUAGGCUAUAAUGUGAGGUAGAUAUCAUGUUCUGCAGUUAGAAAAUCUACUCACAAUCCUCUGCUCGAUCAGAUUUGCCCACGCUCUAGAUCUUGAUAGACAUAUUGAAUUAGCUACCAUCUACAAGAUUACAACAAAGCUCCCAUAGAUAGUGUGUUAAGAGCAGAUUCCUGGAAGUGUAUAACAUGAACUAUCAGGCAGUGGUGUUCAGGUUCCUCUGGAGGCACCUUGAAUAUUUGUAAACUGAUAUGUGAGACUGAAGUCUUUCAACUUUAAAUUCAAAAUUACUUGUGGAAUUGUAGAUUAAAGGCAUACUUCUCCCAAAAAUUUUAAAUCUGUAUGUUUUGAAAAAAUGGGCCAUGAUAUUUAUUAAAACAUUUCGCUUUGUGUUCUGCCUAAGAAAGAAAGAUAUGGGGUUGGAACAACGUGAGUAAAGUAUGUCAGAAUUUUCAUUUUUGGGUGAACUAUCCCUUUAACCAGACACGACGCAACAAUCUAAAUACAAAGCUUGUUCACUUCAACUCCAAGCAACAAGAAUCUGCAAACAUCCUUCUGAAUAGAUCAGAAACAGAUCAUUUUGAUGGAAUGACAGAAACUAUGCAAACAGCCUUACCAUUGACAGCUAUCAAUCCGAACAUAUCUCAUUCAUAAGAUCAAAGAUCUUGCUUAUAGAUACUGUUGUCGCUGAGUGUUUUCAAGAGUGAAAUUUGUAACAGAUCUUGCUAAUGGAAAUAUUACUUAGGAGAUUACAACAAAAAAAAUGUUGUUAUUGAAUGAACAGGAAAUGUGAAGUGUCUUAGGUUGGAUAAAAUGAAGAAGAUUCUCAAAAAUGUCCUCCAGGCACAGAGUCACAGAUUUGUCUUUGGAAUUUGGUUGUGAUUUUCAAAGUUUGGCUAAAUAGAUGUCCUUCAUCAUAAGAUCUUCGUUUGGCUUCUCACUUUACUGUUUCCCUUUUCUUCAAAGAUGCAACACUGAGACAUGUCCUUUGUCAUAAUGACUUGAUGACUUGCAUGUGCUGCAGUAUGACAAAGUUUUUCAGUCCUCAAAAACCAGAAAGUUGUGCCUUCUGUGUACUUCAAGUUUAACUGCAGUAAUCUUGAAUUAUAAAAAAAAGAUAAUACAAUAUAUUUUCUCAAUAUCUUCAUGCAGUGAUGCUGUAUUAUUUCGGUGAAGGAAGAUUUGCCUUUGUGCACUUUCCUUAAAUCCCCCAGACAGCCUCCUUCAUUCUGUAUUAAAGAAAUAAUUCACCCGAAACUGAAAAUACUUUAAUAAUUUACUCAACUUCAUGUCGUUCAUGUCUUUUUUAUGUGGAACACAAAUGGAGAUGUUUUAAUGAAUAUCUCGUUCUGCCUUCUCAAUACAAUGGCAGUGGACAGUACAUGGUUGCAUAAACUACUUUUAUGAUAAUUUUGGGCCCUUUUUUAAAGUUUUAAAGUGAGGCACUAUCAACUGCCAUUGUAUUAAAAAGACGGAUCGGGAUAUUUUCUAUUCCGCAUAAGAAAGAAAAUCAUACGGGUUUGCAACAUUACGAGUAAAUAAUGAAUGAAUUUUCAUUUUUUGGGGGGUUAAAUUAGCCAAUUAUGUAUGGUCUGCAGUGCUUUAUAUCUGUACUUCAUGUAUGUUACACUACUGUUACGGAGUAAUUACAUAUUAGUAAACCGAGUGAAUUUACAGUGGAUUGUAUUAUUGAUGCAUGUUAAUCGUAUUAAAAGUGAGACUCAAAAGACUGAAGAACCCCACCCCCUUAGGAAGUCACUUUGCUCUACUUUGUUGUUAAGUCAAGUGUCUCGAUUGGUGGUUAAUACACGAGGAGGUGACAGGAAAGAAGCUACGGUUGUAAUC